CAUAAUUUUGCGAAAACGACUGUUUUGGACUUGAAAGCGAAACGAUCUUGCGCAACGUGGAAGGCAAAUUGUACAUCACAAAGUUGAGAAGCACAUGUUCAUCUUUGAUAUUGUAAAAGAUAACAUUGAAAUUAUCAUACAAAUCUGAAUUGAAGCUGUCUCUGUCUGAAUUGAGAGGAAAUUCAAUCCUUUGAGUCGUUUCUAUACCUGUGUUUAAAGAUGUCCGUUGUUGAUAUUCUUCUCUGGAGGAUCCAAGGAAAACAGGCCUAAUUUUCGUUUCCUUGCUCUUGCUAUUGUAUAGUUUUCAACAUUUUACAGUUGUCACCGUGAUCACUUAUCUAUUGAAGAUAUCUUUAUUACCAACGUUGUUGUUUCGUCUGGCAAUUAGUCUUAAAGCUGCCGUGACAAAAACAGAAUGCGAACACCCUUUCAAGGAGUUGCUGGACACGAAUAUCGACGUCAUGAUUUAUGGCUCGACAAGCGACAAGGGAAUGCCACAGGCGUUGAAAAUAUUCUUAAAUGAAUGUCGUCGCAUAUUGCUAGUUGAAGAUGUAAUUGAUACUGUUAAGGUUUUGAUUAUUGUGCAUUUGUUGUCCUAUCUGGGAGACUGGUUCAGUGGGUCAACAUUGUUGUAUAUGUGUGUGUUUGUUGCAUUUACUAUUCCAAAGUUUUAUGAUGUUUAUCGGCAAGAAAUUUUGAGAAUUUUGGAAAAGGCAACCAAUGUUAUGGAAGAUGCUAAAGACAAAAUUUUAUCAUUCAUUCCAUCAAAGAGUAAAUCGCCAUCUUGGAAAAAAGAAAACGGCAUAAAAACAUCAAGAAUUCAGAUUUAUAUGGAACGUUUUUUGGUUUUUGUCCAGUGCUGUACCUCUACAUUUAACAGAAGGGGGCUCUUUUGGCGAGAGAGAAGCCGUGAAAUCAGUAAAAAAAAUUGACUUAUACAAACAGUCAUACUGCGUUAUAUGGGAGCGGGUUCAAUAGAUUAAAAGUUUAAAAACUGUUCUAAAGCUGUCAACAUAAUAAAAGAUUUAAGAAACAUA